UCAGCAGCGGGACCCCGAGCCGCCGUCGCCGCCGUCACCUGUCUGCUUGUGGCCGGGAUGUUGGUCGUCACUGUCGGACACCCGAGCAGCGGAGACCCGGAGGAGCUUCCUGCUGUAAGGGCGAGCGGUAAAGUUUUCUCGGCGUAUUUCAAGAAGCUGACCCGGGAGAGGAGAGCGAUGAGCGGACCCCCGCGGAGAAGCUCCCCGCCCGGUCCUGUUGAACAUCUCACCCCGGGUGACCUGUUCAUAGCGGUGAAAACCACCGGGAGGUACCACAGACAGAGGCUGGAGCUCCUGAUGGACACAUGGAUCUCCAGAAACAUGCAACAGACGUAUGUGUUUACUGAUGGAGAGGACGAAAAGCUGAGGAAGAGGAUGGGAGCUCAUCUGAUCAACACCAACUGUUCAGCGGCACACAAUCGUCAGGCUCUCUCCUGUAAAAUGGCUGUGGAAUACGACACUUUUGUAAACUCUGGCAAAAAGUGGUUUUGUCACGUCGACGAUGAUAACUACGUGAACGUCGGCUCCCUCCUGAAACUCUUGUCUCAGUUCAGUCACGCGCAGGAUGUUUACAUCGGCCGGCCCAGCCUCGAGCGACCGAUAGAGGCCACAGAGAGGCUCGGCACUGCUGAAAUGAAGCAGGUGCGUUUCUGGUUCGCCACAGGAGGAGCGGGCUUCUGUCUGAGCCGUGGCCUCGCUCUCAAGAUGAAACCCUGGGCCAGUGACGGUACUUUCAUGGCGACAGCUGAACACAUCCGCCUCCCUGACGACUGCACAGUCGGUUACAUCGUCGAAGCGCUGCUCGGUGUGAGCCUCAUCCGCUCAGCGUUGUUCCACUCUCACCUGGAGAACCUGGGACUGGUGUCAGACGUACGCAACCAGGUGACUCUGAGCUACGGCACUGUGGACAACAGCAGAAACACAGUCAACCUGAAAGGACCAUUUUCUAUAACUGAAGAUCCUACAAGGUUCAGGUCUGUGCAUUGUCUGUUGUACCCAGACACUCCUUGGUGCCCGAACCCCCGGCGACUUUAACACCCAUCCAGAGACACAGAUGGAGGGAGGGAGGGACGGUCUGAGAGAGGAGAGCAAGUAAAUGUCUGACUAAAAACUUGAUUUUCUUUGUUGGAAGAAGAAGAAAUCAUUGAGGAGUCCCACUUCUGCUCUCCUCUGACUCCCCAGCGCUGAAGAAUAUCUGAAACAUUUGGACGUUUUCUUCAGUCUGACUUUUAUCAAGGAAUACCAUUUUAUUUGUUUGACACCCGACCUCUGACCCCACGAACUGUUGCUGGGUUGUCGAAAGGCCACAAAACCACAACAAAAGAAGACUGAAAAAAGUCCAAAUUCUUGGAUUUGUGAAAAAAUGGAGAAAUAACUUUGCUCCUUUGAGAUCCUGUGGGGCAAGAACAUUGAAAUGUUAGCCUUAGGGUGUUACUUAAAUCAAAAGGGUUUAAAGGAUCAGUUUGCUUAACCAGAAGUGACUUUCAGAUGGCUGGAAAACAUCAGAACUGGAGGGGCCUGUGUCCAAUAAUUUCCAAAUCUUUCUGAAACCAACAAAUAUUCACACCCACUUCUCUUUCCAGCUCUGCUUUAUUUUCAUUCUUAACACAAUGAAUGCUUCCCAGGAGAGACCGUCUGAAAGUGUGCACCAUUAUCCACAUUUUCAAACGAUUAUCGUGUCUCGCCCUCCUCUACGAUGCCACCCUGACUCUGAGAGUGGUUGUUCAGAACAGCUGUAAACACUUUUGCCUUCUAAUAUGGUCAGGCGAUGUGUCUUAUGAACUUGUUCUUUUUGAGCUUAAUCCAGGCCCGUUAUCCUCUGCGCGGUGGCCAUGUUAGGACAUUUCGGCUCUAAAUUUAGAUCUGAGCCUGUCAGACCUGCCUCUCAACAAGCUCAGCAUCCAUCAGUUUCAGUUCUCUUUUAUUACCUCUGGUUCAGCUGUCGGUGGGGCUUAACGUUAGCAUGUAAUGUUGAGGCAUAAAUGAUAAUACUGGUUUAUUAUCAUUAUCUUGUUUAUUACUUUAAUUUUUAUGAGUUAAGAUAACACACCAACAUCUGACAAGGCAAGAAACACAAGAUAAUAAAACAGGUUGGGAAUAAGCCAACAUGAAAUGUCUUAAAUUAUCCAUCACCGGACAGGAAGACUCUUGCAUAAAACUGCAGUAAGCAUGUUGGCCAAAGCUAAAGCAGGAAGUCAUCUGUAAACAAGUAGAAACCUACUGUUCGCCUUUGUUUUUUAAGUAAGUGCAGCUAAUUUGGGAGUUUGUUUAAAAUCUGUAUGAUCUGAGUGUUUCAGUGACUUCCUCCUAAAUAAUGUCUCUUUAGUGAUGUUGCUGCAUUCCCAGAUCUUAGCAAUGAACUUGGUGAGGGUAGUGUUAUUAUUAAAGAGCGAUAUGAUGGCCAAAACUAUCAAAAUAAGACCCAAGUAAUAAUCAACCAGAAUUACCCUAAAUUAAGCAGAUUAUUUUUUUUUUUACCAGAGGCCCUAUAUGAAGAUAGAUAUCCUCACACAUUCCCACUCUUCCCUCUCCACUUCUUUAGCUGUGAAAGAUCAUUUAUCUGAAUGUACGUGAAUAUUUGAUCGGGUUUACUGUCGCUGCGCCACUUUAGAAAAGCAGAAGAAAGGAUCAUGCAGGACUCAGAGGAAAAUAAUCCAGACUCCACAUCUGAAGUAUUAUCUUCUCCCUGAAGUUUAUUAUCAUGACUGAGCGCUUUUGUUUGUGCUGUUUGCAAUUCAUCAUAUGAUAAUAAGGAAUAGUUUGGGAAAUACUCUUGUUUGAUACUAUUGCUAAGGGUUAGAUAAUUAGAUUGAUGCCACUUUUUAAUGUCUCUGCGAUAAAUGUGAAGGUUCAGCCAGCAGCGGCAAAGACUGGAAACGGCUAGCAUAGCUCCUUCCAAAGUAACUCCUGUAAAACCACAAAUUAUAAUUUUUACACUUGAGUUUGGGUACAAAUUAACCAAAAAGAUAUAAAGUGUUAAUUAAUACAUUUUAGAGGUACUGGUUUGUGAAUUUUGUUACUUUGGACAGCGUCUGGCUAGCUGUUUACCCCUAUUUCAAGUCUUUGUGCUAAGCUAACCAGCUGCUUGCUAUAGCUUUAUAUUUGCCGUACAGACAUGAGAGUGGAAUCUAUCUUCUCAUCAAACUUUCUGUAUGAAAAAAUAUCCCAAAAUUUCAAACAGUCUCUUUUUAAAACUCUAUAUGGACAACAGACGUCAUAUCCCAAACUCAUCCAGUGAAAAUACUCUUCAUAAAUGGUGGACAUCAUCUGUCUGUGUCCAUUUAAAUGUGUUGAUUAAAAUUAUGAUUUUUUAUGAUGUUAGACUGCUUUUAAAAUGCAGUCUAACAAAGAUAUCCCCUCUGAGGUUUUAUUGAGAAAUGACUCAUGUUGGGUCGUCUUCUAUUCUGUGCAUUGAAAGCAACAACGGUGCGGCAAUUUAAUGAAAGUUAUUUAGUUAAAUUCUGUCCCUUUAAAUAAAAAAGAAAGAAUGUAUAUGAUGAACUGUUGCUUCUAAAGCAGACAUGCUCUCUCCAGUAUCUGGACUGUAUGUAGAGAUUAUG